UAAYACUCGUAACGUAAAUUUUCAUAUAUUUUCAUCAUAGCCAGACAUUCAUUAACAAAGAAAAUCAUUUAUUUUGACUACAAGUCUCGACGACCAAAGAGAUUGUUUAAACAGAACAAUUGUUUAAAUCUAACUGUACUGCAUGGAAAAUGGGAUUUUGUUUUGAAUUCGAAGACAGUACUGGACCGUCGUCGAUUCUUMAACAGAUGAACGACUUUCGCCGGGAUGGCUCGUUUUGUGACGUGGUUUUAGCUACUGAAGAUGGAGGGAAAUUCGAGGCGCACAGACUUGUUCUGGCAUCGGUUAGUGAGUAUUUCCGCGCUAUGUUUCUAAGUGAAAUGAAAGAAAGUCAACAAARAUAUAUCACCAUCAAGUCCGUGGACUCAAGUGCGCUGGAGCUACUUAUUGACUUUGCGUAUAGUUCAAAAACAAAAAUUGAUAGUGGUAAUGUAGAGAGCGUUUUAUCUGCUGCGAGUAUGUUACAAUUUAUCAACGUCGAAAACGCUUGYUAUGACUACUUGAUGAAAAACAUUAAUGUCCCGAACUCCCUUGCGAUCUGGAACCUUGCAGACCUUCACGGAUGCGAGGAGUUAUCAGAACUUGCCGAGGCGUUUAUUAGAGGGAAUUUUGUUUCUAUAAUCAAGCAUUCSGAGUUCACUACGUUAUCAUCWUCACARUUAAUUCGUCUUCUUUGUCAUGAUAAGCUAAACGUCCCUUCAGAGAGYGCAGUCUUUGACGCUGUCAUGCUUUGGGUACGGCAUGAAAUCGACGCGCGAUCAAGUCUUCUAUCUCAGUUAUUAGAGCACAUUCGAUUUCCUCUAUUGACGAGAAAGUUUUUAAUUGAUACUGUUGCGAAAGAGAACUUAGUUAUGAAUGAUCCUGUUUGUCGUAAUUACGUAUUGGAAGCUAUUGACUACCAUCUUAUUCCUGAAAGACGAGAUAGAACRAAAUCUCCCAGAGCAAUUCCAAGGGAGCAGUCCAGUCGUGCUGUCUAUGUAGUUGGUGGCGAAGUCACAGAACAAGGUAAAGUUCUCAACACMGUCGAGUGYUUUGACUUCAAGGAAAAGAAAUGGUCAUCCACAGCACCAAUGAUCAUAGCAAGAAAAAUGGUAGGGUCUGCGAUUCUUGAUGGUCAGUUAUAUGCCGUUGGAGGUGUCAACAAUGACUAUGCAGACCUGGUGACUGUGGAGUGUUACAGUCCUUGUACMGGGCAAUGGACAUCAGUGGCUUCCUUGAAUAAAUGCAAAGGUUCUUUAGCAGUAGCCGUCUUGGAGGGAUGGCUAUAUGCAGCUGGUGGAUCACAUAAUGGUGCCGCUCUCAAAACCGCCGAACGCUACGAUCCAAUCAGUAACGAGUGGACCCAAAUAGCAUCCAUGAGACUUCCCAGAAGCCAUUUYGGUCUUGCCACACUACAGGGCCGCCUUUACGCAGUUGGCGGAUAUUGCGGUAUAUCAGAGAUCGAGCAUGUUGAAUAUUACGAYCCCAUGUCUAAUAAGUGGGCCGACGUGAAUGGUUUAAACAAAGCMAGGAUGUCACAUGGUACAGUCACGUACGGCGAAAGAAUCUACGUGAUUGGUGGAACUAAUAGUAUCGGAGUUUUAGACUCUAUAGAGAAAUACAAUCCUGAUUUAAACCUCUGGUUGAUAAUAAGGAACACUAUGGACCCACGUAGUGGCGCAGCUGUGGCAGCAGUGUAUUUCGGGAACGAUGGGGCACAGGAUUUGUAYAUUAUUGGGGGACAUGAUUAUCACGGUAGAACAGCGAACUCUGUCAAGAAACUAAACUUAAAGUUUGCUGAUUAUUCUACUGCAUCGGCUCCAUCUCUCAUAUUGUCUAGAUCCUUCGCUGGGGUAGCAUCAGUCUAGCACCGCUGAAGCUAGAAGGUUGGACACAGGAAACCCAUCAACAACUAAUUGACAACAGUAGUAGCCCGUGCAAUAAAAUGACUGAAGCUAACUGCAGAUAUUGUGAACUUUUUCUAACAACACAGUUUUCUAAUUCAUAAUAAUAAAUCAUUU